AUAGGCUCAUAGCAUUUUUAAUUUAUUUCCCACUAAUAUACGUAGUAUCUUGUUCUCUAAAAUGUUUACAGAACUUACAAGUACUACCUACGCUUGUUGUCAGUUGUCUUUCCCUUUUAACAAACGCCAUAUCAAAGCAGAUUGUUUUAGAGCAGAUACAGUAAUUGUUUACUGAAAAAGAUGGAGUGGGAGGGCGACGAGAAAGAAUUGAAAGCGGCCGGAGCGGAGCUACUCACUGACGGACGGCGAGGGCUUCGAAUUCAAGGUUGGGAAAUCGAGUCUCGCAAGUGCUCCAUUCUGAACUCUGCUCAACGGGAACAAUGGGAGGAACAACUUACAACAUCCCACUUGCCAGAGAUGGUAUUUGGGGAGAAUUCUUUGGUUCUUAAGCAUGUGACAAGUGGUGUUAAAUUUUGCUUCAAUGCAUUUGAUGCGCUGGUUGGAUGGAAGGAGGAAGGACUGCCACCUGUUGAAGUUCCGGCAGCUGCAAUAUGGAAAUUCAGAAAUAAACCCUCAAAAGAGAUGGUUCUUGAUUAUGACUAUACCUUCACAACACCAUAUGGUGGAAGUAUAAUAUUUGAAACAAAUUAUCAGUGGGAGAGCUGCAAGGAGAAAAUUGAUGUGGCCACACUUGCAUUAAAGGAGCCUAUUCUAUUUUAUGACGAGAUCGUCUUGUAUGAAGAUGAAUUAGCUGAUAAUGGAAUAUCUCUUUUGACAGUUAAAGUGAGAGUCAUGCCUAGUGGUUGGUUCCUGCUGCUGCGUUUUUGGCUUAGAGUUGAUGGGGUGUUGAUGCGGCUGAGGGAUACUCGUAUGCAUUGCACCUUUGUUGUGCCUGGAAAAUCAGUUAUUCUUCGAGAAAGCUGCUGGAGAGAAACCUCAUUUCAAUCUUUAUCUUCUAAAGGGUUACCUACUGAUUCUGCUGCAUAUAGUGAUCCGAGCAUCAGCAGUGAAAGGCUUCCGGUUAUACUGCAGAGAACCCAAAAGCUCAAUAUUUCAGAUGCCGUGUAAGCAAAACGUACUCUAAGUAGUCAUAGGUGAAGUGAUGAACAAUAUUUGGAAUUCUCACAAGUGAUAAUUUUUUGUUCUGAUUACUUUCUAAUCAGUCUACCCAUAACAUAGUAUUGUAACGUUCCUUUUUCCAACUCUUAAUGUUCAUCUCUGCUUAUAUACUGGUCACUUUGCAUUGUGUUUGGAUAUGAGAUCGAUGGAAAUCGCUGAGGUUUUUUUUCCCGUUUUGAAAGCAGUGGAGAUAGUUUGAACUUUGAAGUAAAAGAAACCACAAAAGUUUCAUUGCAUUGCCUGAUGUAACCUCAAUGUAAUAUACACUGUUUGAUGCUCCAAAAAGAAA